CAAAUCUUGGAAAAAGAUAAAAGAAUCGCAAGAAUAUUGAGAGUUAAAGAGAUUUUUGAAACAGUGAUCCAAAAGUAUGAAGAGGCUAUAUAUAAUUAUCUAGGUUAUAAGAUUGAAAUCUCUGACGAUAAUGAUGUUCAGUUAACAUUA